CUGAGGCGUGAAUUCUGCGCGGAGAAGCUCGGGAGGAAGGUGGCGGUUACGCUGGGAGGGUGGCAGCGGUUCCACGUGCUUCCCGCGGCCGGUUGAAACCGUUGGCUGGCGCUGGCUGGGAGGAUAAGACUUAAAACCUAUCUUGGAUAGAGAAUAUCUAAUCAUUUGGCUAAAAAUGGUAUUUUUUACAUGCAAUGCAUGUGGUGAAUCAGUGAAGAAAGUACAGGUGGAAAAGCACCUGACUGUUUGCAGAAACUGUGAAUGCCUUUCUUGCAUUGACUGUGGUAAAGAUUUCUGGGGCAACGAUUAUAAAAACCACGUGAAAUGCAUAAGUGAAGAUCAGAAGUAUGGUGGCAAAAGCUAUGAGGGUAAAACCCACAAAGGCGAUAUUAAACAGCAGGCAUGGAUUCAGAAAAUAAAUGAAUUAAUGAAGAGACCCAGUGUCAGUCCCAAAGUGAGAGAACUUUUGGAGCAAAUUAGUGCUUUUGACAAUGUUCCCAGGAAGAAGGUGAAAUUUCAGAAUUGGAUGAAGAACAGUUUAAAAGUUCAUAAUGAAUCUGUUCUGGAGCAGGUGUGGAACAUCUUCUCUGAAGCUUCCAGCAGUGAGCCAGUCAGUAAGGGGCAAGAUCAACAGCCACUUGACCAAGUGGCAAAUCUGUGUGUAGAAACCUCCACCAAGGAUCCCUCCUCCAAAGCGAAUGAUGCCCCAAAAGGGCAAGCAGAGGUGAAAAAGAAUAAAAGAGAAAGGAAGGAAGAACGGCAGAAGAAUAGAAAAAGAGAAAAGAAAGAACUCAAAUUAGAAAACCACCAAGAAAAUUCAAAGAGUCAGAAGCCUAAGAAGCGCAAAGGGGGACAGGAGGCUGAACUUGCACCUGGAGGCGGGGAAGCCCCCGAGGCCAACGGCUCUGUGGGGAAGAAAAGCAGGAAGAAGAGGAGCAAGAGCCAGAGCGCAGUGGAGGCUGGGAGCGCGGGACCCAGGGAAGGCGCUGCCAAGGGAGAGGCAAAGACGGCUGCAGGAAGCAGCAAGCGGAAGCACUCGGAGGUUGAAACAGAUUCUAAGAAGAAAAAGAUGAAGUUCCCAGGACAUUCUGAGGGUGGAGAACUGGAAGACCACGAGGCUCCUGCAAAAGGUAAAUUCAACUGGAAAGGAACUAUUAAAGCAAUUCUGAAACAAGCCCCUGACAACGAAAUAGCAAUCAAAAAGCUAAGGAAAAAGGUUUUAGCUCAGUAUUACAUAGUGACGAAUGAACAGCACAGAUCCGAAGAGGAACUCCUGGUCAUCUUUAAUAAGAAAAUCAGCAAGAACCCCACCUUUAAAUUAUUAAAGGACAAAGUCAAGCUUUUAAAAUGAACAUUUCCGUAUCUAAAAAUCGAAUCCAUUUUGUUGACUUCUUCCUUUCACUGCUGUUUAUAAAACGUGUAACGAGUUACAACUCCUCAAAUUUUGUUUUCCAAAGCUGUAUUUUUAAGUUAAGGAAAAAUAUAUUUUUGGUAGAACUUUUAUGAAAAAAUAAAUUAUAUUCUUGUCCAAGAUCCUAAGUUUGUGGUAGCAAAAGUUAUUGUACUUUAAAAAAUACUUUUAUGUGGGAAAUUUUUAAAAAUGUAGUAGAGUGACUAGUCAAAAAGUAAUUCUUCCGUUGAUCAGACUAAAAGUAUUUUUAAGCAUAUCAUUUUUAUACAUUUUAGAGAAGAGAUUUUUUUGUGCUUUUAUUUUUUGUGUUGUUAAAAUGUGCAAGUGAAUUGUUUGGUCCAGGAAUGGUGGGGACAAAAGUCUUUUCUAUGUGCUAAUCCUCAUUUACCCAGAAGUUGUGCUCUUUAGAGGGGGCUUCUCUGCAACAGUCUAGCCCAUCCACACUGUGGCCUAGUCUGCCUUCAGCCACAGACAGACUUAGGAAUGCGGCCUGUGUUGGGCAGCAGUAGGUACAGGGAAAUAGCUCACGUGAGCCUGAGUCCGUUCUUUAGCUGAUUGCUGCUCCAGUGCUCGGACUGGAUUGAAACACUUUCAGAAAUGGUCUUCCGAGUCCUAGUUUACUGUGCUGGAGGAAAGCUGUGUGCCACCUCUUUUUGAUAGUUGAGUAGGUUUUACUCAAAUCUUUUAAAAGCUGGUAUUUCUAGUAAGAAUCACCCCUCUGACCAGUAUCAUUCAUACCUCAUCCUGCAGGUGAAAGCAAGACUAGGCCAUGGAACAAGUGUUAAAAGGAUGAGGAGGGGGAGGAGUAGCAGGAGGAGGGUCCAGAGCUGGGAGGAGACCCUGCCUGCACCUCUGAGUGCCCGGGUGUGCCCAACAAGCCAGCUGAGCCAAGCAGCACUCUGUGUUCAGUUAUGAUUUGGGGAAUGAACAGGACAUAGGCUUGAGUCAGGUCCUGGCUCUGUCCCUUAUUGGUUCACCUCUCUGAACCUCACUUUUUCCACCUGGAGAGUAGAACUAGUAAAGGGCCCCCUCGGGUUGUGAGUGAACGAACUAGUUCCUGUCAAGUGUACAGCACCAUUCCUAACACCAAGUAGAUAGAUGCUUGCUCAGUGGCUGCUGUCACUACUGUUAUUGUUCACAGUAACCAUUUUUGAACCAUGAGAAGCUUUAGACAUUCCAGAAAGCAAAGGGAAACAUGGGAAAUGCAGCUUGACCUAGACCAUAUACCUAAUUAGGGAUGAAACCAGAACGCAGCUGGGACUCCCAAGUCCGGUACGUCUUCCUACUGCAGCGCUCCAGGGAGCAGAAGUGGACUCGCUGUGCCUCAGUGCGCGUGGGGAGACGCAGAGCUACCGUGAGGGUCACGUAAUGAUGGACAGGUUCUACAGUAUUUCAAAAUGUGUAUUGGUUUUCAUUUUUCUGUCAAAACUGUCAGUUUUACUGUGAUGCCUUUGAGGCAAAGUUUGGCAAAUGU